AUGAAAAAUGCAGAAACUCAUGAGGGAUCUACCGACAGUAGCAACGGAAAGCGACAACUGAAAAAUGGAAAUGGCGCCAAGGGAUCAUCAGUGAAACGACAGGCGGUGCCUCCACCAAACGAUCAGGUUGUAAUCAUUGAUGAAGACGAGAAUGAUAUUGGUAAUCCUAAUGAUGAUAAUGAUGCCAUGGAAGUGGAAGUCAUCACACCUCCAAGAGCCGUAGCUACUGCAGCUGCAAUCGACUUGCUUUCUGAAUCUCCGAUGGUAGUCUCCCAGAACACAACAAACCCAAACAUAAUAUAUCCCCACGCAAGAAAAGAUUGCGGUCUCCAUCCCUAUGAUUCUGAUCCAAUGAAAAUGUGUGACAAGUGCUUCUGUGUCAUAUGCAAUACCCCAGCUAAGGAUUGUAAAAACUGGGAACACCAUUGUCGAUUGCAAUCGGUUCCAAAAAAGAAGAAAGCCUCAAAAGACGAACAAGGGAAUAAUUCAGACGCCGCCAGAGACAUCAUUGAUUUGAUACAAAUGAGUCACGCACCAUCAAACCACUUACGACAAGGAAACCGAAGACUUUUGGAACGUCGGCAGCAAGAUCAAUCUGACGAAGUUGUGCAAAGUCGUCAAGGGGAAAGAUACCAUCAAGAACAGCAUGACGACGGAGAAAGUCAUCUAGACACUUACGGAAGAAGGAGACGCGAAAAGGGAGCUUCAGACAUGAGGAUAACCGAAGUCCUAGCGGAGCAACUAUCCCAUGCUGUUAAAAUGACAGACUCGGACGACAUACUCCGCAUCUCUGAGUUAUCUAUGGAUGGCGACAUUGGUCAACUGAAACUUCAGAAUUCAUUUUUCGUCGAAGGAGUCAAGAUAGGGUGGCCAUUUCCAGCUAUUCUUCCCCCUCAACGGCAAAUGGCAUUGCAUAUUAUUAGGGCACUGAAGCGAAAGCUUCAUGUUGUCAUAGAAUCGCCAACUGGAACGGGGAAGUCAGCUGCGAUCUUAUGUAGCGUCCUCGGCUGGCAAAGAUAUCAUGCAAAGAUGCAAAAGGAGGCAUCGACACCGGAAUCGAAUGAUGAUGUCGAUAUGAUCAUUGAAUCUACGAAAGCAAAGAGCGCACCAAAGAUAAUAUAUUGCUCUCGCACUCACAGUCAGGUUGCGCAAAUGGUGGCUUCGUUGAAAAAGACUCCAUACAGACCAAGAAUGACUUUGCUUGGAAGCAGAGAUCGGCUUUGUAUCAACCAGGAUGUGGUGGGGAAGAAAGGAAUCAACGUCACUGCUGCAUGCCAAGAACGCAAACGUGAGACAGAUAGGCGAAGGAAGCAGCUGAUCGUACAAUCAUUAUCUCGCUACGAUGACGACCGCCCGUACAUACCGCACACAAGAGAGGAAGAACAGUUACAUAACACUGAGAAUGGUGAUGAUGACGAGCAAGAGACCCGAGGGAAUGCAAGGCAAGAAAAACCCAUAUGCUCGCACUAUAUGAACCUCACAAACCGCAAAAAUAUGUCAGCAAUGCAAUCUCGGUAUAUUUGGAACACCCACCGGAUUGCAACGUGUUCCGUGGGUGGAGAGGCAUCUAAGUUGGGAGUCCACGAUAUAGAAGAUCUGGUGGCAUUUGGAAAGAACCCAAACUUGGAAAAAGGCAUUGCUCUUUAUAGAGAAGAUGGAAAAGGGUCAUUUGGGAUACUGUUGUCAAGCCGCGAAGGCGGUGGUUGUAUAGUGAACUCGCUUCGAAAUGGGACUCCUGCAGCCGAGACACGCAGUCUUAGAGCAGGAGAUUGGAUUGUUGCCGUGAAUGGGGAAGAUUCAAUGUGGACUAAUGUGGAUCAAAUGGUCGAAAGAAUAAUGACUGUGACUGAGGAUCCUCUGAUUCUUGAUGUCAUGAGGGACUACGAGAACAAGGAAGUGAACCAAAGAGAUACUUCGAUGGUAGCAUCCUACUCCGAAGAAUCUGCCUGUCCCUAUUACAUGUCGCGGGCUUUGAAAUCCCACGCUGAUCUUAUUUUUGCUCCAUACAACUACAUUCUAGAUGCAUCGAUUCGGAAAUCCAUGCAAAUAUCGCUCAAAGACUCGAUAGUAGUACUUGACGAGGCGCACAAUGUCGAGGACACACUUAAAGAGAGCGGCAGUGGUGACUUUCGAGAGCUUGAUCUUUGCCAAAUGAUGAAUUCCUUGCUUGUAGUCAUACAUCAACGAAUCCGCGAAGAAGACGAUUUUCUCUGCAUAGAGAUGGAGGGUGGGGUUGGUACAUCAAAGCAAAUGUCAUAUCCUGAAGUUGCUCAUGAGCUCCUUCUUUUCAUCGAGCGGCUUGUGUCGUACAUGAGAAACGAGAGGCUCAGGUUUGAAUCCAGUCCAGGUUUUGAGAAAAUCAGAGCGGAACAUAAGAAACGAAGUCUCCCUGACGACCAUGAAGUAGAAGUUAAGUAUUCUGGACCCAGUGGAUACGGCAUCCAGGGGAAAACUGUCGGUUGUGCCAGUAUGCUGGAGGAAUUGCAGGCUACUAAGUUGAAGUGCGAAGUCCUUCUCAGGCAAGCAGAAGUUCUAGAGUCGCACCUUACUAGUAAAGCAAUGGAGGCUAAUUCUGAGUCCAAUUCAGCUUUGCUGGAAGUACUCGGCCUCUUCCAGAAAUUUGCCAUUGCUUCCAGAUCCCCAGAACAUUUUUAUUUAGCCUUGACAAUGAAACCAAAUGGGAACAUGGAUUAUGCAACAGGUAUGGACGAAGAGGAAUACAAAGCGCUUAUGGAACAGCAAAAAUGGCGCAGGAAACCACGAAGGCUUCCGCAUGCUUUUCCAAGCACAGAAGCUCAUCCGAACGUACCCCGUUCCGCAUGCUGGCAUGAACCAUGCACAACUAAGAACGAAAGGGGGUAUUUGGUCCCUGGGCGCCAACCUGUUUUCCAUGGUGCAUUCUGCGAUGGAGGUAUUCCACAGUGGGAAUGUCAUCUAGUUCUCCGAUUACUUUCUCCGGGCGUAAUGUUGGAAGAUCUUCGAGAAAAAUGUCAUAGUGUGAUCCUUGCUUCUGGAUCUCUGGCACCUAUUCCCUCGCUCUGUUCGGAAUUGGGUCUCUAUCCACCAAAAGAGAAACCUUUGUCUCAAUCCCCCAAUUCUUCCAGCCCAACAAAGCUAUCUCAGGGCUCCUCUGACCAGUUGCCCUCUGCUGUCAAUGACAGCAAGAUAAAGGAUUCGGAGAUUCCAUUGAAAAAUGGAAGACUUCAGGUCCGGCCCAAACCGUUGGAAGCCAAUCAUGUUGUCAACCUCCAAAAGCAACUGUUUGCUGUUUCUAUUGGGCACUUCCCUGAUGGAUCACCCCUCACUGUAAACUACAACAACUACAAGAAUCCGUCGUACUUCCCUCGACUUGGAGAAGCAAUUGCCACACUUAUAGAAGCAAUACCACGCGGGGGUGUUUUGGUUUUUUUGCCAAGCUAUAGCUUUCUUAACAAAUGUAUCAACUGUUGGAACCCGACCGGUUUCAACUUCAUGCGCAACCAGUUCAAAUCACCAGAAAUUUGGGGUCGUCUUCUUUGCUCAAAAGGAAAAGUCAUAGUCGAGCCUACUGGUAACCAAGAGAAGUUUGAAGAAGCAAAGGCAGAAUAUGCGGAGCAAAUCAAGCAGACUGGCAAUUGCAUAUUGCUGGCAGUCUUUCGGGGAAAGAUGAGUGAAGGAAUUUCGUUCAACGAUGACAAUGCUCGCUGCGUGAUUUGUGUUGGUCUCCCAUUUCCUUCCUUUGCUGAUCGAGCGAUCAAAGCCAAGAGGUGCUACAAUGACGAGCAACGGCGUAUCAACAAAAACACAAGUCUCUUACCGGGCGAAGAAUGGUAUUCUCAACAGGCCUACCGUGCACUGGCCCAAGCUCUUGGUCGGUGCAUUCGACAUGGUGCGGACUAUGGUGUGGUUGUGAUGAUGGAUUCGAGGCACUGUGAUGAUGGAUCACCCAAUGAUGGUAUCUGCCGAGCCCAAAAGAACCUUCCAAAGUGGAUGCGUCACCAUAUGAGAACUUUGACGAUGCAUCAGUCCAGAGGUGUUGGAGGGAAUCCUGUGGUAGGAGGAUACCAAGGACUUUGUAGAGAACUAGCCAGUUUCUUUCAGCAAGCACCAGCACAAUCAGAGGCAGUGAAGAAAAAGUGGAAAUUAGACUUGGAGAAGGCAAAACAGCGCUCUACACAAUCAAUGUCGCAGCAAAGCUUCAAUGGGCAAACUGGAAAUUGGUCUUCUACUGCUGCCGCCAAAAAAGAAAUGACUUGA